CGAGUCAUUCAUGUACUGGUGACACGAUAUUUUGUUUAGGUGUUACAUUUUCAGUUGACCAUGAAGAAAUCAAGCUUCUUCAGUCUGUUGAAAAAGACAAUCACUCGAAAGAAAGAAGAAUCGAAACUGAAAGUAGACGACGUACCUUCACAGCCGUCGCUAGCGAAGCAUGAUUGUGCUGUGUUAGAUCUCGCCUUCGCUAUGGACUGUACGGGAAGUAUGGGGAGUUAUAUUGACACAGCCCGCACCAACAUUCGUACAAUUGUUAAACAAAUUGUGUCAAGUGAAAAAAGUGACGUACAUUUGGCCUUGGUGGAAUACCGCGACCACCCCCCUCAGGACCAUUCGUUUGUGACACGCCCACAUGACUUUACUGCCUCCGUGUCCACCAUGAAGUCAUGGUUGAAUGGCUGUAGAGCACGUGGUGGUGGGGAUGGUCCAGAGGCUGUGGCUGACGCUCUACAAGAUAUGCUUACACUUUCCUGGAGAGAGAAUGCUACUAAAAUAUGUGUGUUGGUAUCCGAUGCCCCACCCCACGGUCUAGCUCCCCAUGGGGACGCGUUCCCUGAUGGUUGUCCAGCAGGACUAGAUCCCAUGGACAUUGUAAGGCAAUUUGCAGCGAAGGGAAUAACAUUAUAUUCUGUUGGGUGUGAACCAGCUAUCAAUCCCUACAAAGAAUUCUUCACUGCCAUCGCCUACCUAACAGGAGGACAGUAUAUACCACUGAGGGGUGCUAAGGCCCUCACACAGGUUAUCAUAGGAGGGGCACAGGAGGAAAUGUCACUGGAACGAUGGAUGGCGGAAGUGGACGAAGAGGUACAAAGGGAAAUAGCAUCGGGGAACCAAAUAAAUGACGAUGAAAUGACCCGUAGAGUACAGGCUAAGAUGACCAGUAAAGGCAUAAGGGGCAAGAAACUACAGAGAAAUAAUUUCGAUUUAGAAGCCGCUUCUGCGAGCUCUAAAAAGUUAGCAGAGUUUACCAACAUGGAAGAUGUGAAGUCAAACUUCAGUGCUUCGGCGAUGGCUCCAAGAAUGGGAAGCGGUAUGGCACGUUCAAUAGGUAGUGCCCGCGUUCGUGCGGCCCCUGUUCCUGCUAGUGAUCCAAUGAUGUCAAUGGAAGUAAGCGGAAUGGCUGCUCCUCCAGGGAUGGCUACUGGUGAGGCGGAUACCUGGGAUACAGUGGAGGGCAGUAUUUCUUACGGACAGGCGGCUAGAAUGGUACAGAAGUCAAAGUCCAGAAUCAACUAUAAGUGAUAUCUUGGUUUGUGAUUUUAGACAAUGUACACCAUUAAACUAGUUAUUAUUAAAAAUGUGAUUCCAGCUGAUUUAAACGUUGAAAUACUGUAUUGUGCAUAUAACAAAUAAUACAAUAUAUAUAGGAUUAUUUAUAUGCUAAGAGGGAAUCUUCAGUAUUGGUUAAAAAGUUACCUGUGAUAUAUUUUGUAAGACGCUACAUAUCAAUACACACUAGAGUUAUAUUUAUUGAUGUUUAUUUUCCGGAAAUGUCGUGCAAUAUGUGAUAAAUGGACUUACACUACCACUGUUACAUUUUGUAUCCAGAAUGGGCCAAUACAAUCAGUUAUUGUUUAUUGACAAUUUUACACUUUGUAUCAAUCUUAUUUAAAUUAUUGUAACUUUCGUUAUAUGCAUUUAUAGCUCUCCUUUGCUAACAGACGUUGUUAGGUAUAACAUCAUUUUGACUGUUUUUCUUAUUCAUUUUCUUUUUAUUGUGAUUGAUUUGUUACUCCACGGUUAAUUGUACAUAGAUGCUGUUGUUAUUACCAUUUGUUUUGUAUUUGUUUGUAUAUACAUGUAGAUGUUUAUGUCAUU